GUGGGAGACCGGCUCGGGAGCGCGCGGGGCUGGGCGUGUGGCGCGCGCGGCCCGGGCUCACUCCCCCGUGUCCCUGCCGUGCGCGCGCUGCCGGGUGCGGAGAGGCCAUGGGGGCGAGGCAGGAGAGCCCGAGCUGCUGUUGGGAUUUCUGCUUACUCUGCAAUACAGACCAUCUAAGCAACUAUUUUAACUCCACCUCAUCCAUGCCUUGACAGCCUCUCAUCUUUAUUAUUACAAAAUCCCUUUUCCAUAGCCUCAUAAAGUCCUAGAUCUCUCUACUUAAUCAUGUGCAGAAUGUUCCUGCACACCACACACAUUCAAAGAAACAAAACCACAUCACACCUGUCUUCAAAGGAGUUUUCAGGUUUUUAAGCUCUUCAUUGACUUUCUCCAGCCUAUUGAUUCCCCCCACCUCAUCUCUGCCCCCUUCACCCCACUGUUUUACCCCUGCAGUUGUGGGAGUUCUCUCCUCUCCAGUUCUGUCUUUUUUCAGAUUUCAUUUAAAAGCAUCUUUACUAGCCCUUGCCUAGUCCUGAUAAUUACCUAUAAUUACACUUGAUAAAUAAUGCAAGAGGGAGAGAGAAAUUAAGUGCUUUAAUAUAUUCUAUCCAACAGAAGGCUUAAAAAAACUCCUUAAGAAAAUGGAAAUAAAGAGCCAGAGACUGAGAUAAGUAUUUUUAAAUAGUUAAAUACAUCAGGAAUAAAGACGCCUACAUUUGUGACUAUCUAGACCAGUUGGCAAUAUAGUGCCCAUCUUUAAAAAAGGGAAGAAGGAGGAUCCUGGAAACUACAGGCCAGUCAGCCUCACCUCAGUCAUGGAUCAGGUCCUCAAGGAAUCAAUUUUGAAGCACUUUGAGGAGAGGAAAGUGAUCAGGAACAGUCAACAUGGAUUCACCAAGGGCAAGUCAUGCCUGACUAAUCUAAUUGCCUUAUAUGACGAGAUAACUGGCUCUGUGGAUGAGGGGAAAGCAGUGGACAUGUUGUUCCUUGACUUUAGCAAAGCUUUUGACACGGUCUCCCACAGUAUUCUUGCCAGCAAGUUAAAGAAGUAUGGGCUGGAUGAAUGGACUAUAAGGUGGACAGAAAGUUGGCUAGAUUGUCGGGCUCAACGAGUAGUGAUCAAUGGCUCCAUGUCUAGUUGGCAGCCGGGAUCAAGUGGAGUGCCCCAAGGGUCGGUCCUGGGGCCGGUUUUGUUCAAUAUCUUCAUAAAUGAUCUGGAGGAUGGCGUGGAUUGCACCCUCAGCAAGUUUGCAGAUGACACUAAACUGGGAGGAGAGGUAGAUACGCUGGAGGAUAGGGAUAGGAUACAGAGGGCCCUAGACAAAUUAGAGAAUUGGGCCAAAAGAAAUCUGAUGAGGUUCAGCAAGGACAAGGGCAGAGUCCUGCACUUAGGACUGAAGAAUCCCAUGCACCGCUACAGACUAGGGACCGAAUGGCUAGGCAGCUGCAGAAAAGGACCUAGGGGUUACAGUGGACGAGAAGCUGGAUAUGAGUCAACAGUGUGCCCUUGUUGCCAAGACGGCCAAUGGCAUUUUGGGCUGUAUAAGUAGGGGCAUUGCCAGCAGAUCAAGGGACGUGAUUGUUCCCCUCUAUUCGACAUUGGUGAGGCCUCAUCUGGAGUACUGUGUCCAGUUUUGGCCCCCACACUACAAGAAGGAUGUGGAAAAAUUGGAAAAUGUCCAGCGGAGGGCAACAAAAAUGAUUAGGGGACUGGAACACAUGAAUUAUGAGGAGAGGCUGAGGGAACUGGGGAUGUUUAGUCUGCGGAAGAGAAGAAUGAGGGGGGAUUUGAUAGCUGCUUUCAACUACCUGAAAGAGGGUUCCAAAGAGGAUGGAUCUCGACUGUUCUCAGUGGUAGCAGUUGACAGAACAAGGAGUAAUGGUCUCAAGUUGCAGUUGGAGAGGUUUAGGUUGGAUAUUAGGAAAAACUUUUUCACUAGGAGAGUGGUGAAACACUGGAAUGUGUUACCUAGGGAGGUGGUGGAAUCUCCUUCCUUAGAAGUUUUUAAGGUCAGGCUUGACAAAGCCCUGGCUGGGAUGAUUUAGUUGGGGCUUGGUCCUGCUUUGAGCAGGGGGUUGGACUAGGUGACCUCCUGAGGUACCUUCCAACCCUGAUAGUCUAUGAUUCUAUGAUUCUAUGAUAUGACGUAGCAAGGGUGUUAAAGUAUUUGUUUACAUAAUUCUUUACAUAGAAGGUAAUAGGACAUCUUCAUAGAGUAAACUGUUAAUAAUCAUUUAUACAAUACCAUAAAUGUACACCGCACUUUACAGAUAAAGUGAAGACACUUCCUUCUCUGUUUACACUGUGCAGGGCCUACCUAUACACAAGCAUCUGCCCACGUAGUUCCAAUUGCACAAUACGGUCCUUAAUUAGACAAUUUAAAAAAAAGAGGCAGGACACAGGGCAGCUGUCUAGGUGAGGGGCCAUGGGAGAGUAGAAGAAUUUUUAGAAGUGAGUUUUAAAGAGAAAUUUGAAAGAGUUGAGAAGGGGUGCUUGGUGGACAAAAUAUGCAAGGCUUUUCUAAGCACAGGAAGUUACUAGUGUGAAUUAAUUUUGUACACAGAAUCCUGGCUUUGGAUGUUCACUAAAGCACAAUUAUAUGGACUGUCACCUGUAUGCUUUCAUGUACAUCCUUGCCAUUCUUCAGACAGUCUGACCUUGUGCUACAUCUUAAUAUUACAGUGACCUUAUGCAUAGAUUAAAUAAAUACAUUAGUCAAACUGAUGUUGCACAGUUAAGCAUGCAAAGUCAGGAAAUUCCAAAGUUGAGGCUGUGAGUAUUGCAUUGUGAUAUAGUUGAUUACAUCAUCAUGUUUCUCAAAUACUACAAUACGUCAUAUCAUCUUUUCUAUGCCUUUAGCUAGAUCUACAGAAUUUUGUAUGUUUGUCACUUCUUGUAUACGUCUACUGAUUUAGUUGCUGUAAUAGUCCAGUAUACAAUAACUAACUUUUUUAUGGUUUCAGAGUAGCAGCCGUGUUAGUCUGUAUCCGUAAAAAGAAAAGGAGGACUUGUGGCACCUUAGAGACUAACAAAUUUAUUAGAGCAUAAGCUUUUGUGAGCUACAGCUCACUUCAUCCGAUGAAGCUGCCACUUCAUCACUUCAUCUCUUUGGACCCUUACAUCUACUAGGCUUAACCAGUUUCUGUGACCUUUGUUUCUCAAAUGUAAGACUGGCCUUGUGGUUAAAGCACAAGACCGUGAUUUUGUAGAACUGGGCUCUAGUCUUAGCUUCCUUGUUGGAGCCAGUAGCAAACGACAUGAAGUGAUGAAGUGAGCUGUAGCUCGCGAAAGCUUAUGCUCUAAUAAAUUUGUUAGUCUCUAAGGUGCCACAAGUACUCCUUUUCUUUUUAACUUUUUUAUGACAAAUUCUCUGCUCGCUAAAGUUGGUAACUAAAUUAGAGUACCUUACAUUUAACAGGAUUCUUUUCCUUUGGAGACAGUUACAUUUCUGAACAGGAGUUCAGUAUUGUAUCUCACAAGCUGUUUCUCAGACAGAGUUGUAUAGUCUUAUUUCUGCAUUGAAUUAAUGGUGAAAUUGUAUAGCUUGUGUGAUGCAGGAGGUCAGACUGGAUGAUUAAUGGUCACUUCUGGCCUUAAAAUCUAUAAGCCUAAAACCCUUAUUUGACAUCUUACUGUCCUGUUAUAUUGACACUUUUCUUUAUGUGUUCUGAUAACACUUCCAGUUAGGUCUGUCAAAGGAUUAAAAUAAUUAAUCGGGAGAUUAAAAAAUAAUCACAAUUAAUCACAGUUUUAAUCGCACUGUUAAUAAUAGAAUACCAUUUAUUUAAAUAUUUUUGGAUGUUUUUUACAUUUUCAAAUAUAUUGAUUUCAGUUACAAAUCAGAAUACAAAGUAAAGCUCACUUUAUAUUAUUAUUUUUUAGUACAAAUAUUCGCACUGUAAAAAAGAUAAACAAAAGAAAUAGUAUUUUUCAGUUCACCUCUUAGAAGUACUGUGGUGCAAUCUCUUAAUCGUGAAAGUUGAACUUACAAAUGUAGAAUUGUUUUUACCUGUUUUGGGGUUUUUUAGCCUAACCUAACUGUCCAGAGGACAUGUUUCCAUGCUGAUGACAGGUUCUGCUCAAUAAUGAUCCAAAGCAGUGCAGACCGACGCACAUUCAUUUUCAUCAUCUGAGGCAGAUGCCACCAACAGAAGGUUGAUUUUCUUUUUUGGUGGUUUGGGUUCUGUAGUUUCUGCAUCAGAGUGUUGCUCUUUUAAGACUUGGUCAGCAAUCCUAUAAUGGAAGUUCACGAAAGUGCUAGUGUUAUUUUAUUAAUAGCUUGAAAAUGAAAUAUUAAAUGCCAGAAAGUUAGUACAUGGGCACUUCAGAUUCCCACCCUACCUUAAUUCUGCCUCUGUAUCCCCAUCCACCUUCCACUUCCAUGCUAGAGACUGUCAUGCAUCAUAGCAAAAUACAUCUGCCUUUUUGUUGUAUGAUGUAACCCAUACCCACUCUUCAGAUUUUAGCAAGUACAAAGUAGGUUUCUGUCUCAUGUCAAGAGAGUUCCAGAGCCUGAUUAAUGGCAGCUGGUUAUGCUUAGAAUCUACACCCCAUACUUGAAGAGGUCCCCAAAUUUAUCAGCAAGUGGUGGACAGAGGAUUGGUGCUGGUGUAGCAUGUAAGACCCAGACUGAGGGGGCAAAGGAGCAAGAGUACUUAAAUUAGUGACCAACUUCAGGGAAGUAGUUGAGGGAGGGAUACCUGGCAGCCAUGUGCUGUCAAGCAUGGCCUCCACACAAAUCCUACACCCGUCCAUGGGGAAAGGACAGAAUAAAGACAUCACUGAGGGACAUGGGAUACUCUGGGAUUUCAGGGCAGUAUGCAAAGAGUGGGCAAGAUGAAGAUGUAUGUCUGGCCUGUCUCAUAGGGGUUGGAUCAAUUCAUAUCAGAAGGGUAAUCUGGAUAGAAUAAAUUCUCCAGCCCUCUGGAACAUGGAGGAGGUUGUCAGCUCUGGACCAUAUUUUUUCUUCUCUUCAUAUCCUUCUUCUAUUCCUGCUCUGUCUCCUGCCUUUAUGCUUGCCCUUUGGACUCUUUGACUGCCACCCCCUGUUCUCCUUCCUCCUACUACUCCACUUCCUGUCAGUCUAUUAUCUGUCAGAGUUCACAGCUGAGGCAGGAGCAGAUGCAGGCUGGAAUUGGGGUGGGCUAGCUGGGAAACAGCCACAGGUACACACUAGAGCAGGAGCCGCAGUAAGGGCAGUGUUCCCAGACAAGUAGUGACAUUGAGCAGACUAGAGAGGCUGCUUCCCAGGAGCCUAUGUACCUUCCUUGAGAUCACCUGGUGGGAUCUCGCCUGUGGGUUGGCUGAACGCUGUAGGUAACUGAUGACUCAUUACACUCAAGCAGGCUCAGAGGUAACACAGGGAUGAGACCUCCCACUUUAUCUCCCAAUUCCUCACUCUGAGACCCAUCUCUCCCUCUCUGACUCGCCUUCUGCUCUGUUCUUGGAAUCUAGUUUCUUCUCUCACUUCCCCAUCCACUGGCUGGAGAGGAGGAGCCUCCUCAUCACUUUCAGAUUCUCUCUUCCCAUACCUCCUCUUCCUUUCUGUCUAGUCUCUCUCCCCCGCUCCAUGGGAUCCUCCAUCACUCUGGCUCCCUCAGUCUCUGUUCCUGUACUUUGAUGACUAGCUCUCUCUAUUCCUGUCUCUGCAACUGACCACCCUCAUUCUGGUUAGUUUCAAUGUUGUAUUUCCUGUCCAGCUGUGGACUAACUCUGCACUGCCUUAUUCAUCAUCUGGCCCUGCUCUUUUCUGAGGGUUCUGUCUUUGACCUCUCUCUGAUCACCACUCUCUCUACAUUGCUCACUUCUCCUCGUCUUCUUUGCCCUGUCCCUUGCUCUGUUCACAGUCUCCAAUCUUUCAUCUCUUUGGACACUUACAUCCACUAAGCUUAACCAGUUUCUGUGACCUUUGUUUCUCAAAUGUAAGACUGGCCUUGUGGUUAAAGCGCAAGACCGUGAUUUUGUAGAACUGGGCUCUAUUCUUAGUUUCCAGCUUGGAGCCAGUAGCAAACUACUUCCCCCCCAGCGGCAAGGAAGGAGUUACGGUUCCUUCCCUGUGCUCUUGUGGGGGUGACACAGCUACACAUUGUGCCUGUACAUCUUGCUCUGUAUGAAGGGUGACCUCGCUCUGAGGCUCCAACGUUCAAAACCGGAUAGGUGUAUAAACGCAGCGUGAGGUACUUAACUAACUCGGUGUGUAAGCGGAACUUCCUCUGCAGCUGGAUUAGGUGGUGGUUGUCUCUGAGGGUCCAGGAUGGCAGCAGCCAGCUCUUGCCAAAAGAAAUCUAUGCACAUAUUUACUGACUUAAGUGUGAGGUUGUAAAGUGUCUGGAGAGCUUCAGAUAGAAGGUGCUCAAUAACUGCCAGAGUUACUAAUAUUUCUGUAUCGUCAGGUCACUUUGUAAAUGUGCCCAGUUUGUUGUUACUGGCAGUUGUAGAACCUUUCGUUUCCUUUGUUGGUAAAACUGUCACUGAGGCAUAUUCUGUACUCACUGCACUCACUAUCCUCCCUGAUCCCUGGAGCUUAACCUUGAAGAGCUUUUGUGCACAAAAAGAGUCGAAGAGAAAGAAUCACAACACAGUGGCUCUCCUGACACAGCUGUGGAAGCAGACACAUGUGGAAGCAGACAAAAUGACAUCAGAUGCGCAUGGAGACUGCAUGUUAACACGGUUGCCACUUUGGCUUCAAGAAGAGAAAACCACUGAGACAAAACCAAAGAUUUUUUGCCUGUUUGAUUCUUCACAGCGUUUGGAUUUGUGAAACAGUGCUGCAAUGUGGUGGUUUCAGCAAGGCCUCUGUUUCUUGCCUUCGGCUUUGGUUGUUUGGUCAGCCGCUUCUUUCAUAUUUUCAUACAUUACCGCAAUCCUUCUACGUCACAUUGACCCUUUGGUGCCCUACAUCAGUGACACAGGGACAAUACCUCCUGAAAGAUGCUUAUUUGGGAUUAUGUUAAAUAUUUCCACUUUCUUAGGUAUUGCCACUGUGUAUGUUCGCUAUAAACAAGUGUAUGCUCUGAGUCCAGGAGAACUCAAGAUCGCCAGAUUAAAUAAGGCUGGCUUUACGCUCGGAAUGAUAAGCUGCUUUGGACUUUGCAUUAUUGCCAACUUCCAGAAAUAUACGCUGUUUUAUAUGCACGUAGUUGGAGCCUGUCUAACGUUUGGAAUAGGAGCCAUUUACAUACUGGUUCAGACUAUUCUUUCCUACAUGAUGCAGCCAAAAAUUUUUUGGAUCCGAGUGAUCGUGUUACUCUGGUGUGGAUCAAGCAUAGCAAGCAUGUUUGUUUCUUCGGUCCUUUUGUACAGUGGCCUGUAUGGAACUGACCUAGUACAGAAGCUGCACUGGAACCCACAGGAGAAAGGCUACAUAGUUCACAUCAUCAGCACAAUCUCAGAAUGGUCUCUGGCUUUCUCCUUCCUCAGCUUUUUCCUCACCUACAUCCGUGAUUUUCAGAAAAUUUCCUUGCGUGCGGAUGUCAGUUUAAGUGGACACAACGUUUGCAAUACACCCAAUAGCUUUGUGGCUGAUGAACACACACUGUUGAUUGGAGGACGUUUAUAACUAAGUGGGAGAGAAAACACUUUCUCAGCUUUUAUAUCUCAGGAAUUUAGAAAGUAGCAAUAAUACUAACAAUUUAUAUAAGCGUUUGUAUCAAAAAUUCCAUCCAGUUAAAGAGGAGGCUAAAUUCAAUCACUUUGACACAUAAAGGGUUUUGCUGUUAACCCACAUAGCAAUGCAAAGGUGAUUAAUAAUCAGUAUUAUCAAUAACCUGUAAUACAUUUCUGCACUUAUACAUUUUAUAGAAUGAAGAAUAAAAUGGACAUUGGAAAGUUG